UUUGAGCACUGAUAUCACACCAGUAUUAUACUUAUAUAUUUUUUUUAUUUCAGAAAUAGUCCAUGUACAUUGUAUAAAAUACAAAAUCGUAAAUAUUAGUUAUAUUGUUAAUAAAUAAUAAUACUCUUACAUUUAUUGGUGUCUCCUUUGAAUCAUCAAGACACUAAAAGAUGGCUGUGGCUGGAGAACCUUUGAACUUAGCGAAAGAUGUCAAACGAGCCGUCGAACUGUUGGAAAAGCUCCAAAAAACCGGAGAAGUGCCAGUAACCAAAUUAGCUGCAUUACAAAAAGUAUUGCAGAGUGACUUUUUAUCGUCUGUGCGAGAAGUGUACGAGCAUGUUUAUGAAACUGUUGAUAUACAAGGAUCUCAGGAUGUUCGUGCUUCAGCUACAGCUAAAGCAACCGUCGCUGCGUUUGCUGCUAGUGAAGGUCAUGCCCAUCCAAGAGUGGUAGAAUUACCCAAAACAGAAGAAGGACUUGGGUUUAAUGUGAUGGGUGGACGAGAACAAAAUUCUCCAAUCUAUAUAUCACGCAUAAUACCUAGUGGUGUAGCUGACAGACAUGGUGGUUUAAAGCGAGGAGAUCAACUUCUGUCAGUUAACGGAGUGUGCGUAGAAGGUGAAAAUCAUGAAAAAGCUGUUGAGUUACUAAAACAAGCUCAAGGAUCUGUCAAGUUAGUUGUCAGAUACACACCAAAAGUAUUGGAAGAAAUGGAAAUGAGAUUUGACAAGCAACGUGCUGCCCGGAGGAAGCAACUAAACCAAUAAUUACAUACUAAUGGUAUGAAUAUUAGUCUACAUAACUAUGAAUAGUAUUUGACAAACUUGAACGGCAUACUUAUUUAGUUGAAGGGUUGUUAAAAUAUUUUCGUAAUUGUUGUCACUAAGUCUUUUCCUUAUUCAUAUUUUGAUGUCUUCUAAUCAAAUAAAAAAUUGUUUUGUGUUCCCAAAAUUAUAUACAAUAAUUAAAUAAGUAACAUAAAAUUGAUUUACUUAAAUUGCGUGCUUAGGUUAAUCAAUAGAAAUAACGAUAUACUGAUAUAAUUGUAGAUUUUUACCCACUAUUAAAAUAAUUUAUUUAAAUUAUUAUAGAUUUGAAACCUCAUAUAAUAAAGUAGAUACAAUUCUUAAAUUUGGUUAUUCUUAAUAAGAAUUUUUAAUUUACUUUUUAAUGUAGCUGACU